AUGGCUAGAAACUUCUUCAUUGGUGGUAACUUCAAAUUGAACGGUAGCAAGGCUUCCAUUAAGGAAAUCGUCGACAGAUUGAACGACUCCAAGUUGGACCCAAACGCUGAGGUCGUUAUCUGCCCUCCAGCUCCUUACUUGGGCUACACCGUCGACCUAACCAAGUCCCCACAAGUCUCCGUCGGUGCUCAAAACGCUUACCUAAAGGCCAGCGGUGCCUUCACUGGUGAAAACUCCGUCGACCAAAUCAAGGACGUCGGUGCCAAGUGGGUUAUCAUUGGUCACUCCGAAAGAAGACAAUACUUCCACGAAGACGACAAAUUGAUCGCUGAAAAGACCGCUUUCGCCGUCGGCCAAGGUGUCGGUGUCAUCUUGUGUAUCGGUGAAACUUUGGAAGAAAAGAAGGCUGGUACCACUCUACAAGUCGUCGAAAGACAAUUGCAAGCCGCUUUGGAAACCUGCAACGACUGGUCCAAGAUCGUCGUUGCUUACGAACCAGUGUGGGCUAUCGGUACCGGUCUAGCAGCUACCGCUGAAGACGCUCAAGACAUCCACCACUCCAUCAGAGAAUUCUUGGCCAAGAAGUUGGGUGAAAAGGUUGCCUCUGAAAUCAGAAUCUUGUACGGUGGUUCCGCUAACGGUAAGAACGCUUCCUCUUUCAAGGACAAGGCUGACGUUGAUGGAUUCUUGGUCGGUGGUGCUUCUUUGAAGCCAGAAUUCGUCGACAUCAUCAACUCUAGAUUGUAA